AUGGCUGUCACCAACUACCCCAAAAGUUGGAGACUGUCUGAUGACAACGAGCCUUUUUUGCUGGCGGACUUCCAACAUUCAGCGCCUUAUGCUACGAUUAAAAAGGGAAAGUUCAAAGGACUAAUUGAUAGCAGGUCGUUGCGCUGUCGAUACCAUUCAGUUGAUCGCAAUUUUUGUGUUUGUGGGUCUCUACCACUAGUCUCUAGUCCGCUGCGCAGAUGCUCUCCUUCUUCUCCCGAGAACGCUUUUGGCCAAAUACAAAACAUAAACUUACGGCCAUCAUCCUCUUCGAGCUCGUCGAGUUCUUCCAGCUCCUUUCCUUCGCUGACACUCUCGUAUUUCACCAAGGUUGGGCGCCCUAGACAGUGGAGCUACGAAACGCCUCGCAAUGGGAAGGAGAACGAAAUCAGCGAGAAAGAUUUAUCGUACGCGGAGCCCAAGGCUUCUAAUCCGUCUAAAUUGACCUCUGGCAAUUUCCAAACUAAGAACGUUACUGCACUGUUGGAUUCAUUUGAUACUGACGCGUCCACCGCGAUGGACAGAUCAUUAACUGGCACGGGGAAUAUCAUCAAGUUUGUUUCGGGUUCCGACUACAUGUUUAACAAGAAACUGAUGACUUUGCUUCAUAAAGAUAAGAAGAUGAAGUACGAGGGCCUCGAAGGGAACAGCCACAGUUCAGCGCCUAACACACAUGGCCUUCCCAAACAACUAAACACUUAUUCCAAUAUAUCGUUUCAAACAGAAACUAAGGAGGCCGGUCUGGACAAGCUCCGUUGUCGUCCAUGCGGGAAGAAAAACAAGAUACUCUUGAACUAG